AUGACGGCUCCCGUUGGCGGAGGUACAGGCUCAAGCCUGGCUCGAGCGAUCAUUAUCACCUCCGGUGUCUCGGCUCUAGUGUCGUCGCUACUGUCUCUUGUGUCCAUAUGGUUUCAAACCAAAAACUACCGGAAACCACUGCUUCAGCGAUACGUGGUUCGCAUAUUGCUGAUGGUACCAAUUUAUGCAGCAUCAUCAUGGACUAGUAUUGUAUCACUCAAAGCGGCUCAGUUUCUUGAUCCUAUCCGUGACAUUUAUGAGGCGUUCACCAUUUACACGUUUUUUCAGCUCUUGAUCAACUUCCUGGGAGGAGAGAGAGCUUUAAUCAUAAUGACCCAUGGCCGUCCCCCAGUCUCACAUGCAUGGCCGCUCAAUCAUGUCCUCCCGAAAGUCGACAUCUCCGACCCGCACACCUUCCUUGCCGUGAAGCGUGGUAUCCUCCAGUAUGCCUGGUUGAAGCCCGUUCUAGCCCUCGUUUCGAUUGUGAUGAAGGCGACAGACACCUAUGAGGAAGGCUAUCUGAGCCUUGGCUCGGGCUAUCUGUGGACCGGCAUUGUGUAUAACGUCAGCGUCACCGUCAGUUUAUACUCUCUGGCCAUGUUCUGGGUGUGCUUGCACGAUGACCUCAUGCCAUUCCGCCCGAUUCCCAAAUUCCUCUGUGUUAAACUCAUUAUCUUUGCAUCAUACUGGCAAGGUUUCUUCCUGUCGAUCCUACAGUGGUUGGGGGCUCUUGGUAGCGUGGCGGGAUACACCCCAGACAACCUGGCAGCGGCGAUUCAGGAUGCUCUGAUCUGCUAUGAGAUGCCUAUCUUUGCCGCCGCCCACUGGUAUGCGUUCUCCUGGCAUGACUAUGCCGACCCUACUAUCUCUGCUGCCCGGUUGCCGGUCAAAUAUGCCCUCCGGGAUGCAUUUGGGCCUCUGGAUCUGGUGGAAGACACCAAGAUCACUCUCCGAGGCGAGAAUUACGAAUACCGACUCUUUGACUCGGGCGAUAACAUUAUCGCGCAUGCGGAAUCCCAUUCGCGGGUCAAGCGCGUAAUGGAUGGUAUGAGAUAUGAGCGGGGUGGUAAGGCAAAGUACUGGAUUCCGAAGCCCGGAGAAGCCAGCAAACCCGGAGAGGCUAGCAAACCGGGAGAAUUCAACAGUCGUACACCACUAUUAGCGGGUGGUGACACCAGUCACCGCAGCCGGAGUGAACGAGGCAGUCGCAGUGAACGAGGCAGUCGCAGUUCGACCGAGCGAUUCCGGUCUUAUAAUGAGAUUGGAAUCACACUGGACGAUGAUGACGAGCAACUAUUCACCCAGGCUCGGGCCCUGGAGUUUGGAGACUGGAAUUAUCCGGUGAUCACAGCCAAUGAAGUCCCUCGGGAUCAGCGGCUCCCUGUCAGCAGGGGCUACCAAGAUACAAAUGGCGGAGGCGAUGUCAAAAAGUCCCGUUCACAUCGGAAAGGCCGAGCGUCGGGCAGCGAACGCCGGCGGGAUCCCAAUACUAGCUCUAGAAAAUCUAGCAAGAGCUCGGGUGCGCCACGUCCCUUGCAGCGCAAUGCCAGCUCCACAAGCUCUCACAAUUCGCAUCGCAGCCAGUUGGUUGACCUCGUGGUGGAAGACCGUGAAGCUGAGGAAGAAGACCGCGUUCAAGCCCAGCGAGAGCUUGGAUCUGCCUGGGCGGGAGGUGAAACCCGACGUUUCUCGAGACCGUCGGGACAACCAAUCGUAGAGGCUGACGCCGAACCUCCGAUCCGGGAGGUCCUAGCCCAGCCUGUUCAGGGAGAAGAACAAGAAGAAUCGCGUUCGCGAUGGGCUUACGGCGUGGAGGAGGAUAACGUAUGGGGCAAAUAG